UGUGGCGAGAUUUCUUUCUGUGAAAGGAGUUCCAGACUGUGAGCUUAGGCAGAGAAUAUCUUUGGAGCAAAAACACAAGAGACAGCAAACCUUGGACUCACAAAGAUUUGGUGUACCAGAAGAAGAAGAAGAAGAAAGUAAUCAGGCAUUUCUCCUGUUGGAAAGACAUUGUGAUCACAGGUCGUGUUUAAUAAAAGAAACAGCCAAAAAGGAUUAUUACAAAAGGCAAUACAUUAAAUCACAAGCUGAGCUUUAUAAGAUGUUUUCAAAGUUGGAGAAAUUCAAUGUCUGUUUUGAAGAAAACGUAACUGAGUUUGAAAAUGUGAGUUUAGCUUGCCUUAAUCUUCAGAAAGAGAUAUUUAAAGUGAAGUCAGAAAAGGAGCAUUACAUAAACCAAUUCCUUCAGUUCCAUGCUGAACUCUUGAGAGUGCAUUCGAUGUGGCAGGACUUAAAGAUAGAGCUUGAAAAUAAGAUGUUCGAGUUUGAAGACACAAGUCCAUCUUGCAGUACCACCCAAUAUUUAAGUAGCGAUAUUGAUAGACUAAGUUCAGCUUUGGAUGAGCUUCUGAAUCAACUGGAAGCAUCUAGGCAGAACAUCGACCAGUCAGAAUAUUCAGCAAUAGCAAGUGAAGAACUUGCAAAAGGGACAUUUUCUGCUGAGCUGGAAGAAAGUGAACAGAGGCGUCACAAAUUUCUGGACUCUGAAGAUAACCAAUAUGAUGACUCUGAGGAACAAGACCUUAAUGACUCUUUCAGAAGAAUUGUUACAGAUUCAGCAGAAGAGAAGAUCUUUGCAGUACGGGAGAAUGUCAGUCAGGAAUUUGAAGAAGACAUGACUGUGCCUGAAAGUCCAAGCUCAUCUGGAGAUGAAAGCUUUGAAAAGGUAAAUGAACGCAUCAAAUUUGUAUGUAAACGUGAAGAGAAACUUUAUCAGUCAGUAAACCCAAAAGACAGAUUUUCUGAAGAGCCUGAGUACGACAAGCACAGGCUCUAUAUGAUUUGGGAGGAAGAAUAUGAAGUCUCUGACACUACAGAAAGUGAGCCAGAACAAAUUUCUGCCUUGGAAGAUGAACUUGCCGAGCAAAGGUGUUAUACUCAACAAACCCAGGGAUCUGAAAUGCUGUGUGUUCCAGACGAAGUUGUUAUGAAACCACUUUUGGAGAAACAGAAAGUUUAUCAUCUUGAGGCAGAGUUAUCAAAUGAAAGGGUGGAAAAGGACUAUUACAAAAAACUAUACAAUGAAUCACAAAAUGUGGUCUUGCAGUUGCAUGCAGCGGUAGAUAAAUAUAAUCUGCACCAUAUAGAAAAGUCAGCAGAACCUGAAACUUCAAGUUCAUCUAGAAAUGAUGAUGAUGAUGAUGACGAUGAUGAUGAUGAAAGUGCGGAAGAUAGCAUAAAAGGUGUGUGGAAAUCUGUAGCUAAACUUGACUUUCAAGUUCAAACGAUCAAACAGUUAGUUGAAAAAUUUAGGAAUGUACCAGAUCCAAAAGAAGUUCUUAGCACGAAGGACAGUUCUUUACAGAAUGACCUUAGAGACACAUUUGAUGCUCCACAACCUGCACAACUGGAGACAACAGCUCCUGAAAGCGAUCAAGAACUGAUGACCAAGUUAGUUCUUCUUCAACAGAGAAUUUGUGAUCUUGAGGCACAGUUAUCUAAAGAAAAGGAUCAAAAAAAUCAUUACAACAAACUAUAUCAUGAGUUGGAAGUUGAGCUCCUGAAAAUGCACACAGCACUGGAUAAGAUGAAUCACAAAUAUGAAGACAGGACAGCUCUUGACCGAGAUUUGAACCGGGCUCAGAUCGUAGAUUAG